AUGCCUCAUACUUCAAACGUCUGUGUGUGGCAGCUAAAUCAAAUGGAAAUCUACAAGUUCGCUGAGAAGAGGCAACAACUAAAGGAUGUACUCGAUUGCAAAGUUCUACCAGGUGAGAGUGUGGCGAAACAGCAUAGGCCCCUAGUUUGCAAGAUCAAAAUUAAAACUAUCAAAUCCAUACAGCAGAAAAGAAUACGGAAAACGAAAUGGUGGAGACUCGAGGAAAGUGAGUGUCUAGAGAAAAUUGUGCAAAGAGUAGAUAUGGAAUUAGAAAAGGGGGAAAGAAACUGGGAGACCGUCAGUGAUAAAAUCAGAAAAAGUGCACAGGAGACACACAGGGAAAGUUCCGGGAAUAAGAAAGAGGGUAAGGAGACCUGUUUAGAAAAUGGUCAAGAUGGAAUUAACAAGGCAUUGAAAAUUGGGAAAGAACGAAAUAAAAACUCACAAGAUGUGUAUCAAGCAAAGACGAUAAAGAAGGCAAAUGGAAAUAUCCUAAGCAUCCAACCAUUAGAAGGGGAACUCGUGGAAAGAAUUACUGAAACCGAAGUGAAAGUCGCCUUGAGAAAGAUGAAGAAUGGGAAGAGUGUUGGACCUGACAUACCAGCAGACGUUUGGAAACACCUAGGAAAUACAGGAGUGGAAUUACUGACGAAAUGGUUUAAUGACAUCUUAAACACUGGUACUAUGCCUGAGGAAUGGAGAACCAGCACACUGAUCCCCAUCUUUAAGAACAAAGGGGACAUUCAGGAAUGCGGGAUAUAG